AUGACGACGACGACGACCAAGGAGGGACAGAAUAAGGUGCCGGAGGUCUCGGUUCCAGUCACGCCGGCGGGAGAGGACGGCAGUGCAGUAGUGGCCGCCGGGAAGGCGUCAGCUGGUGGUAGUGGGCCGUUGGGGCGGCGGAGAUCCGACUUGAUGCAGGGGACGCUCCGGCUGCUGUGCUUGGUGACGUCACUGACGGCGGUGGGAUUCAUGGUGUCGGCUCGGCAGUCGGGCUCCGUCUCCAUCUACGGCUUCAUGCUCCCGGUCAAUUCCAAGUGGUCCUUCUCUCACUCCUUCCAGUACCUGGUGGGCGUAACUGCAGUCUGCGCGGCUCACUCGCUCCUCCAGCUCGCAAUCAGCUCCACUAGGCUCAUCAAGAACACCCCCAUCAUCCAGUCUCGAACCCACGCCUGGCUGCUCUUCGCCGUCGAUCAGGCGCUCGCCUACGCGGUGGUGAGCGGCGGCGCGGCUUCUGCGGGAGUGAGCAACCUGAACAAGACAGGGAUACGGCACACGGUGCUGCCCAACUUCUGCAAGCCGCUACAGAGCUUCUGCGACCACGUCGCCGUUUCGAUCGGGUUCGCCUUCUUCACCUUCUGCUUGCUGGCUGCCUCUGCUGUUCAGCAAGUCGUCUGGCUCUCUAAUAAUCCCGCCAAGAACUAUUGAUUAAGGCUGCACGUAUUGGGUCAGUUGAUUAGCAGCUAUAUAUCUUUCUUCUGCCUAGCUAGCUAGCUAGCUAGCAUUUGGGACUAAUGGAGUAAGUUUGGGUUGAUUAGUGGUUGGUUGCUUUGGCGUUUGGACGCGCUUUGGUGGUGUUAAGUUGAUCGUCUGUUGCAUAUAUAAAUCUAUCGAUCGAGAACAUGCAUGUGUUGGUCAGUGGGUUGUGGGAAUGAAAAAGCUUCUUGAUAAUUAACCAGUUUGAUGAUGUUCCAACUUCCCAUCCUCUGCUUACGUGUACAAGAAGCUGGAGCUCAAUGUGUC